GAAGAUUUAUUUAAAGUGCACCAGAAGGAUAGAAGCUACCUUUGUUCACUUCCCUUGAUGAUAGAGUAUUUUCAGAGACUCAUUUUGGGGAUUGAAAAUGGUUUUUAAAAAUAAAAAAUAUGCUGUUGAUCCAGAUUAUUCCACCUCUGAUGGAACUCUUAGUGAUGGAUCAUAUAAAAGCAAGCCAGAAAAUUCCCCCUGGUAUAUGGAAACAACUGGAAUAGUGAACCUAUCACCUGGUGGUAGUGUAACACCUUUGGAUUACACAGAAUAUGAUCAUCCCAGAAAGAGAUAUAAUGCUAGUUUGAAACACCUGAUCCCUGUCCGUUGCAUUACAACACCACCCGCUGCCAACCCUAUAGAUGACGCUGGUUUCUUUUCUCUGGCUAUGUUUACAUGGAUCACUCCCAUUUUGUGGAAAGUCUUUAGGCGACAGAUUGAUGUAGACUCCUUACCUUCUUUAUCGCCAGUUGAUGGUUCAGAUGUUAAUGCAAAAAGAUUGCAGAGGCUGUGGGAUGAGGAGGUUGCUAGGGUUGGACCUGAGAAGGCUUCAAUUGAACGUGUGGCUUUUCGUUUUCAGAAGACUCGUAUUAUCCUGUCUUUUUGUGUCUCCAUUUUGUUCACUGCUGCCAGUUUUAUAGGACCAGGGGUUCUGGUUUUCAGUAUUCUUCAGCAUGUUGAAUCUCUCUCUCCAGACCGCAUUCAUGGGAUUGGCCUCUGUGUUGCACUUUUUGUGUCAGAGUUCAGCAAAGCAUUUUUUAUUUCUUUGACUUGGGCUAUCAACUUUCGAACAGCAGUUAGACUUAAAUCUGCUUUCUCUGCCGUGGCUUUCCAGAAGGUGGUGAAUCUAAAGGCUUUGGGUAACAUCUCUGUUGGAGAGGUUAUCAACAUACUUUCCAACGACGGGUAUCGACUUUUUGAUGCUGCUUUAUUUUGCACAUUUUCACUUUGCUUGCCAGUGUUGCUAAUAGUCUGCAUUAUUUAUGCAUGCUAUGUUUUUGGAUAUACUGCACUCAUUGGCGUUUUGGUAUAUCUCAUCUUUAUCCCUAUACAGUUGUUGACGGCAAGGCUGACAACUGCGUUCCGAAGGAAAGCAAUACCUGUGACAGACACUAGAGUGCGCACAAUGAAUGAAGUUUUGACUUGCAUUAAACUAAUCAAAAUGUAUGCCUGGGAGAGUUCAUUUGAGCAGAAAAUCACUGAGAUGCGGAAAAAGGAAAGAACAACUUUAGAAAGCGCAGGAUAUGUCCAGAGUGUGAAUUCUUCUGUGACUACCAUGAUACCAACCUUGGCAACAGUGCUCACCCUUAUCGUUCACACAUCUCUGAAACUUACUCUGACUUCAUCAACAGCAUUCACAUUGAUUGCCAUUUUCAAUGCCAUGAGAUUCACACUCGGAAUUCUUCCAUUUUCAGUAAAAGCCUUGGCAGAAGCUAGAAUCUCUUUGGCCAGAUUAAAGAAAGUUCUCCUGGUUAAAAAUCCUGAACAGUAUGUGGUUUCCUUAAAGGGGUCUCCUAAUGCGUUAGUAAUGGAAAAGGCUACUCUGUCAUGGGUCAAGCCCGAUGACGACAGUGGGACUAAUGGGACCCUCGCAAAUGGAAAGAACAGUAAUAAAAAAGCACAACCUUCAGAGAGCCAAAAUGGAACAAAAUCAACCACAAAGGAAGCAAACAAAGUCACUCUGAGAAAUAUUAAUAUAACAUUAGAGAAGGGAAAGCUUCUGGGAGUGUGUGGAAAUGUUGGAAGUGGCAAAAGCUCAUUGAUAUCAGCACUAUUGGGGGAGAUGUACCUCCUCCGUGGGUCAGUGGCAGUGCAAGGAAUGUUUGCCUAUGUAUCCCAGCAGGCCUGGAUAUUUCACGGAACUGUUAGAGACAAUAUUUUAAUGGGAGAAGAUUUUGAUGAAAAAAGGUACAGCGAAGUUAUUAGCGCUUGCAGCCUCAAGGCUGACCUGGCUAUUCUUCCAUAUGGUGAUAUGACUGAGAUUGGUGAAAGGGGCCUCAAUCUCUCAGGAGGUCAGAAGCAGAGGAUAAGCCUGGCCCGAGCCGUCUACUCUAACAGAGACAUUUUCUUACUGGAUGACCCCCUUUCAGCUGUGGAUGCACAUGUUGGCAAACACAUUUUUGAGGAGUGUGUCAAAAAGGCACUUACAGGAAAAACGAUCAUUUUGGUCACACACCAGCUGCAGUACUUGGAGUUCUGUGAUAAAGUUAUAUUACUGGAAGAUGGAGAAACUAAAGAAAUGGGGACCCACAAAUCUUUGAUGGAAACAAAAGGCAGAUAUUGGCAGCUCAUCCAGAACUUUCGAUCAGAACACUCAAAUUUUCAGGACUCUGUCGAGGAGGAACAAAACACACAAGAAUCCUCUGACUCAAAGGAUUCUGAACAAGGAAUUGAAAAUCCUGUUUUUGACAUAUCUGAUGAGAUGAAUGUAUCUGCUAACCACCAGCACACAAGUGGACUGGACAAAAACGAAGUAUCUAAAAAACAGUUAGUUCUUCAGGAACGAGGGGUUGGAGGUUCUGUUGCAUGGAAAACCUACCACCAUUACAUUAACGCUUCUGGAGGAUAUAUUUUGGCUGUUUUAGUUUCUCUUGUGUUUUUCUUGAUGGUGGGAUCAACUUCCUUCAGCAGCUGGUGGCUUGGACAUUGGCUAGAACAGGGCUCAGGGGAGUAUAACUGUACUUCUACUAAUGACAGUAACACCACACCAUUGCAAUGUGGCAGCAUUUCACAUAAUCCUGACCUGCAGUUUUACCAGCUGGUGUAUGGAAUGAUCAUGGUGGUUAUGAUUUUACUGAGUGUCAUCAGAGGAUAUGCAUUUACAAAGGUCACACUGAGAGCUUCUUCAAACCUGCAUGACAGAAUGUUUCAUGGGAUCCUCCGCAGUCCAAUGAGUUUCUUUGACACAACCCCGACUGGCAGGAUAAUUAACCGCUUCUCCAAGGACAUGGAUGAGAUUGACGUCGGCUUGCCGUUUACCGCAGAGAAUUUCUUUCAGUUCUCCUUGCUGGUUGUGUUCACCAUUGCUAUCAUUUCAGUAGUGUUUGUAGAACUUCUUAUUGCAGUCUGUAUCCUGGCCGUUAUCAUCUGGAUCCUCCUAUUUAUCUUCCAGAGAAGUAUUCGAGAACUGAAGAGGAUGGAGAAUAUUAGCCGGUCUCCCUGGUUCUCUUAUACCACUGCCACUGUCCAAGGACUGAGCACAAUCCAUGCAUACAAUAAGCAAGCAGAACAUAUUGAACAAUUUAAGCAGUUAGGCGACGUUAAUUCCAGUCAUUAUAUGCUGUUUCACUGCGGGUUAAGAUGGCUUUCUUUUCGACUGGAUUUCCUUACAUCAGUCGUCUCUCUGCUGGUGGCUUUGUUUGCUGUUUUGGGCCCUGAUUCGAUCAGUCCUUCAUUUAAAGGGCUGGCUCUCUCCUACACAAUCCAGUUAACUGGAAUACUACAGUUUUGCGUGAGACUUGGAACAGAAUUGGAAGCAAAAUUCACUUCUGCCGAAAGAAUACUGGAAUACAUAUUGGGAUGUGUUUCCGAGGCUCCUAUGAAGAUUAAGGAUGCACAAAUUCCUCAAGGGUGGCCAAACCAUGGUGUCAUUACCUUUAAUGACUACCAGAUGAAAUACAGAGAAAAUACCCCAAUAGUUCUGAAUGGGUUACACAUCCGAAUCGCUGCAAAAGAAAAAGUUGGAAUUGUAGGAAGGACAGGAUCAGGAAAGUCUUCCCUGGCAGUAGCUUUGUUCCGGCUAGUUGAGCCAUUCAGUGGAACCAUCCACGUUGAUGAUCUAGACAUCAGCAGCAUUGGAUUGCAAGAUUUACGUAGUAAACUCUCAGUAAUCCCCCAGGAUCCUGUUUUGUUUGUCGGCACAGUAAGGUAUAAUCUGGAUCCUUUUGACAAAUGCAGUGAAGAUGACAUCUGGCAAGCGCUGGAAAGAACAUGUAUAAAAGAUACGAUCUCAAACCUGCCCAGAAAGCUAGAAGCAGAGGUGGUUGAGAAUGGGGAGAACUUCUCAGUGGGGGAACGGCAGCUGCUAUGCAUGGCCAGAGCUCUUUUGAGAAACUCCAAGAUAAUUGUGUUAGAUGAAGCCACUGCCUCCAUCGAUUCUGAGACAGACGCCCUGAUCCAGCACACAAUCAGAGAGGCCUUCCAGGAGUGCACGAUGUUAACCAUCGCUCAUCGUAUCAACACAGUUCUGGACAGCGACAAGAUCCUGGUCAUGGAAAAUGGAAAGGCUGUUGAAUUUGACCGACCAGAAGUUUUGGCGCAGAGACCAGAUUCGUUAUUUGCAUCACUUCUAGCAGCUGGUAAUACUGUGAAAACGUGAGCCGAGUUGAAGUUGUAAGUUCGCUGCUGUAGCGUGUUCUUUCUGCUGGCAGAAAAAUGUAUAUGUGUAUGGUGGCUCAUUGAGGACAUGGAAAAAAAGUUAUCAGAACCUAUCCAGAUUUGACUAAAACCCAGUCAAUGGUCAAUGGGUGUAAGGCAUGUUUCAAAACCAGAACAAACAUACAUCUUGUGGUUAGGGUUUACAAUUUUUUUUUUUUUUUAAAUUGACAUUCAAAUUCAUUGUCUUGCUCAGAUUGCCUGAAGACAUUUCCAAAUGUUUAACCAGAGCAUAGCCUACCGCAGAAUAGGAAGAGAAGAAUGCAUUACCAAAUGUGUGCAUUAUGCAUUAUUUAAAUGUUAUGCAUUUGUAAUGCAGUGCACAAUGAGUCAUUUUUCAUAGAACAUCAUUAAACAAUCCUUGAUGUGGGGAGUUAAAUCCAGUUUAAUAUCAUUUUGAUGGGAACCUUGGGGCUACAGUCAAAAGAAUAUUGCGGUUUACUUAAAGGGGCAAGCAUUUUUCCAUCUGCUUUUUAAAAGCACAGCACUGCUGUUGUGUUCCCUCAGGAAUAAAUUAGUUAUUGGACAUGUUUCCCAAAAAAGCCUCACCAUUAAUAAACUGAAAGUCAAUAAGAGGUGCGGAUUUAGAUUAUUUUAAACUGAGCCGUGUACCUCUACUGAAAAUAGUAUCCUUUAAUGUUACUUUUACUGCAGUACUGGGAUAAUGAAAACAGCAAAUAAUAUGCUAAGUAAAUCUAAACAAGAACAAUAAUACAGUAAUUAUGAUGCCUGCGAUGUUUUCAUACCAACUGGGUUUCAGUUGCUCUGGUGGUCAGAGAUAACAGAUAAGGGUGGGUUAUGUAAAUUGUACUGGCCCUUUGGGAGUUUGACAGUCAGCACAUCCAUUGCCUUUGGCUUAUAAAUGAUGUUGUUAUGCAGAUGUGCUUUGCACAAUAGCCUUGUGGGCAAUGUAAUAAAAAAAAAAAAAAACAGCAGUUAACAGGACUUGUAAAUUAUAAUUUUGGUUAUUUUUGGAGCCUUACGGUAUGUUUUGUUGUCAUUUUGGUACAUGUACUGUUUGUAUAGUGUUAAACAACUGUGGCUCUAUUACUGAACAUUUGAAGAUUUUAUCUAAAAAUGUGAUAAGGAAGCACAAACUGUGAUGUUAUUAAAAUCUGCCAACUAUACAGAGGAAAAAAAGAAAGUAAGUUCACCACAUCAAUGCACCAUGCUAAUCACCCUGUACAAUAGGCAUAAAGCAACUCUUGAAAGGGUCAUGGUAAUAUACAGUACAGUAUGACACUAUAACAAGGCAACAUGUAAAAGGCAGCGGUUACUGCACAUAUGUAACUUAAACUACUAUUUGACCCAGAGCACCCACUCAUAGAAAAGUAAGCUGGAACCUCUUGUUAUCUUUCCUUCUGUACAGUACAUAGUAUUAACAUCUGCAAAGCCACUAGGAGGCAGCAGCUUCCCAUCUCUUAAAACAGAUGCUCAUGCUGUUUUUUCAGGCCAUCAUAAAAUAAAUAAAUAAAUAGAUAGAUAGAUAAUUAUCUUACCUCUUAUCAGCUUCAUUAACACUAUAACUGGUGCCUCUUUUUUUAUGCGACCUCUGUGUUAACGUAAGAUAAUAUUUCAAAUAUAAUGGUGCAGGUAAAACAGCUGCAUCCUUUUCUAGUCACCAUUGCAGUGAAUUUAAAUGGUGACACAAAGUCAAAAGGUACAGGAAGCAGCACGAAAUUUACAUCCAAAGUCUAUGAAAUAAUGUAUUUUAGGAAUUAGGGAUUAUUUAAGUAAUGAAAAGGAUUUUGAGGAACGAUUUGCCUGCAUAUAGUUUUGACUUGCAUUCAAUUAACUUUAGUUAAUCAUUUUAAAAUAAUCUGAUCCUAUUAACUGGUAACAUAUUUUCAGUUCUGGGCUAUAACCCUUUGUGAGUUGCUAUUAAAUAAGAGAAUAUCUCAUUACCUUAUGCAAAUAGAGUUAAUUAGAAAGUCCACUUUACAGGAAAUCAUGAUGCUACGUAAUUAGACCCAGCUACGUCUCACAAUGUCACAGGGCACCGACUGACCUUCUGCAGCCAAAAGCUUUUAAAAAUGUGUAUCAAUCAAAAAAGAGCCAUUCAAAGAACCACCACAGUACAAGAGAAAUCCAAUUCUGUAAUCCGUCUUUACUCUCCAUACAAAUCUUAAACCACCAGGGCACUGUGUGUCUCUGGUACUGCUUUAACGGAUGCAGAGAAGCUGAAUGAAUAUCCUUCCAGCUGUACUGUAUGCAUUGUUUAUUUUUAUUGCUGGGCUAAUACAAUUGUUCAAGGUGUUCUGUGCAGAUUGAAUUGUUUUUUUAUUAUUUAAAAAUAUAUUUAUCCAAAAUAACCAUUACUGUGUCCAAUAAACGUAAUCCCAUACUUAUGGAACUACAUAACUUGCAUGGUCCUCUGUAGUUGUUUUCUUUUAACUACCUGAAGCCCUUUUAUACAUAUUCCCGUUAACAACUCAUAGGAUUGAAUCUGUACAUUCUAGUCCCAAUACAUUCCAAUUAAUCACCCCAUUCUGGGCUUUCAUUCUUCCACAUUUUGAUGUUCUGUGGCUUCAUAAAGGAUCUGGCCAGCAGGGGGCAGUAUCAAGCAAAAGACUGAUCAAAUCAUACUACAUUAUAAAUCAGGGUAUGCAGCUAGAAGAGGCUGCUGUGUUAAACUGGUCCUAUUGCAGAAUAAUAUAUUGUAUUUAAUCCUCUGCAAACUUUUCGAAGGGACAAGAAGUACAGUGUAUGACAGGUGGCAGUGUAUUUUAGAGUGCAAUAAGGGUUACGCUGCUAAGGCUGAGAGAUGCAUAAUUUGUUUAUUGCUUCGAAAGCUGUCAGAGUAAUAAAGAGCAGGCUUUAUAACACAUCUAGGUGAUGUGGCAUCAUUUACUAAGCUUUUGCUUCAGCAAAAAAAAAAAAAAAAACUGCAGCAAGUAAAUAGUGAUUAUUAUUAUUAUUUUUUUUUAUAGUAGGAUUUCAACUUUUAUCAGCAACAGAAAUACACUUCUGAAAUGCUUCUGAUUUUUAGUUUUCUUUUUUUGGUUGUUUUACAUAGACAUGUACAGCUGUUAUUUUCAGACACACUAGUAAAGAAUUUCACAUAAAGUGAUUACCCGUAGAUUGUUUCAUAAGUUUUAUUGUCAUAUAGAGUAUAUUUUUUUUUUACAUUAUGGAAUUUGUUUUGAUUGCCUAAAAUGUUGUAAAAAUACAACUUUCCACGUGACAUCGAUUCAUCCAGGCUGCUGUACUUACACAUAUAUUUACCACACAUUGUCCAUUUCAUUCAACUUUCUUUACAUUAAAAAAAAAAAGAUUUACACAACAUCAAAACAAAGAGACUUUUUAAGGGAUUUAUUUGGCAACCCUGCUUACAGAGACACACCAGAAUCCACAAAACACAGUAAAACGAACACAUGCUCUCAACAGAACGCAUUUACUGAUACCAUGCUGUGUAUUUAAAAUGUAUAUAUAUAUAUAUAUAUAUAUAUAUAUAU